GUCUCGUUUGUGAAUUUUUCGUUUUAUUUUCAUAGUAAUCUUCGCAUGAGUUUCUUAAAUAUUUUUAUUCUAACGGAACCGACUUGUUUUCGUUUUGUUUUUUUGAAAUUGAUAACUGAAAGAGGAGACUAAUAUGUACCUUAAAAUAACGUUGGUCAUUUGCAUAUAUAUUGUUUGAAAGUUGAAUGUUAUAAAUAAAUAUAAACAAUUAUGUAAUUUUCCAAUUAUUUGUGAAAAAAUAAUUUACUAGUUAUCCCUAAAGAAUGGCUUAAGAUUGAAAGACAUAAAUAAAGUAUACAUAUAAUUGUCUUUCUCAAUAUUUUCUAUGCAAAGUGAUUUUAAGAUAUUUUACGUUUGCAGAGAUAUAUUGUGUAUUGUACGUUAAGAAACGAGAAAAUUAAUUGAGUAUCCUCGAUUUGCGGUUAAUUUGGAAAAAAAUUAGAUUAUAUGUAUUAGUUUUGAUCAGCUAUUGUAACAGUUAUUAAUCGAUCUUGCUUGAAUUAUCGAUUAUAACCUUAUGACAAAUCUCUAACAUUACAUACGUUAAAUAGUUCUUAAAUAUUCAGUUAAAAAUAUAUUUAGAUAUAAUGAAAUUGCGAGAUUCAUUUAAAUACGUUAGAGCAUUUCAUUUUUUUCCUCAAUACAAUGAUACAAUUCUUAAGUAAACCUUCUUCGCAAGAGGUCAUUUAAAGUAUCAACAGUUCACGUCUGUACGAAGGAAAGCGAAGCUGCCUUUUUUGACACAUAUCAGCUGAUGCAUCAAUACACUGAUACCAUUAUAAAAAACAUUUGUCAGGCAUUCGUAUACCGGAUUUAUGGUUUUCUUUCUAAAAAUACUGUACUUUUUAACGCAAGCAACAUAUAUUACAGUACAUAUAGCAUAUGCUCUUUCUCUUUUUUCCCCUUUAAAUGUUUCUUUUUUCAUCUGAUCUUCAGCAACAAGAUGUAUCCUAACCUUAUAUUAUGUCAUACAAAGUAAUUAUCCCUUCAGGAAAGACCUAUGCAAAGUUUUUCAGUGUAUAACCUUCGUAAAGAUUUAUUGAAAAGUUAUACUGCUAUAAUGGUUUCAUUUAUAUAAAUGUUCUGAAUAAAUAAUGUAUUUCAAAUAUCUUCGCUUAACGACUGGUAGAGCUUUAACAUGUACAAAAAGAAGUCUAUUGUAUAGUACCAAUUAUAGAACAUUUUCGAUUCAAUGUAAAAAACUUGAAAGAAGAUGGCAGGGUUUGAAAUUUCAAAUAUCAAAUUUUCAUACAACUCAAAGAUUAAAUUGUCCUGCACCAUUAAUUCUGUGCUUUGGAUCAUGCUGUUGUGGUCAUUUUGUAAGAAAAUGGUGGUUGAAACAAACUAUAGAACAACAGCAAAAAUAUAUAAGGUGGUUUAAGCGAAGGAAAUAUACUAUUUAUGGUUCUUUGGGAUUUCUGUCUUUCAUUUUAUCUGUUUAUUGCUUGACACAUUUGAAGGAAGAUCCAGUAAGAAAGAAACUACGUUUAAUUUUAGUUGAUCAAGCUCGACAAAUUGAAAAUUCUAAAAUUAUAUUUCAAGUAAUAGUGCAAAAUCAGAAAAAUGUGGUACCAUUACAUGAUCCCAAAUAUAAAAUAAUUGCCACAGCACUAAAGCGGUUGAUGAACUCUAAUAAAAAUUUAUUUAAAGACACUGAUUGGACUAUUACUAUAAUCCAUCGUAUAUUUAAUAAUAUAGGAUCAUUUCCUAAUGUUCUAAUCUUACCAGAUAGAAAUAUUAUUGUAAUUAUUGACAUCUUCAACUUAAUUAAAAGCAAUGAUCAACUAACAUUUAUUUUAGCCCAUGAAAUAUCACAUAAUAUGCUUCUUCAUUCAUUAGAAAUAUUGUCUUUUGGAGUGAUAAAUUACGUUGCAACUAUUGUAUUUUCAUUUCUAAUUUGGGUAUUUUAUGAAAGUAAAGCAGCAGCUACACUUUGUUUAACUAUGUAUAUAUUGUUUGGUGCCAUUUUUUCUUGGUACAAAAGAAAAUCUGAAACUGAGGCUGAUGAAGUUGGACUUGAAUUAGCUGCAAAAAGUUGUAUUGACCCUAGAGAAGUUUUAGUAUUCUGGGAGAUGAUGAAAAAAUUUGAAGAGCUUACACAUCAGGAUAAAUUUCAAAUACCAUUAUUUAUGAAUCACCCUACUUUAGAUAAGAGAGAAAGGAGAAUUAUCCAACUAAUGCCUACAGCUUUGGAAUUAAGGAAACAAUCCAAAUGUCCUAAAUUACCAGCGGAGGACCCACGAGAUCGUUUACCAUAUUACAUGAAGGAUAUCGAAAAACACAUGUUAAAAAAUUCAAAAAUUUUAGUUGGGGCACCGAAAGGAAAUUAUUCCUCGCCUUCUAUACAAAGAUUUCCGUACCUGAUCGAACCUGGUGUCGUGUUCCGGUGUGCGAUUAAAAAUAGCAAAUGUCAAAUAAUCAAGCCAGAAAAGAUUGAGAACGAAAAAGGAUACGAAACGCGGUUCGCAAUGAACAUACUUAUACGGAAACAAUUUGGUUGGUUUGGGAGUGCCAUUUCUGUAGACGAAAUAAAUGGGAUUCUGACAGUGUGCGCACCGCGGACAAUUGUAGUGAUUUCAAAACCAUUCACAAAUAUUAAUUUCGAAACUUUGCAAGGCAUGUGUUACAGUGGGAAAGUUUCUUCGGACGUGUUGUCAAUCGAAGACAAGAAUCUUAUGUCCUAUAGUUUCGAUUCGAAAUUUUGGUACAAUCCGCUUCAUGGCUUUUCCGUUCAUUAUGCUUCAAUGAAGCAAACCAAAGGCAACGAAGGCAAAAAAGAGAGAAAAAUAAAUCGCAUCGUAGGGAAGCCAAAACACGAAGAUUAUGGCACCGUGGAUGUAGUAUAUUUAAAUGAAACGAUGUCCAUAGAGUUGUCGUUUCUUGACAAUUUAUCUCAGUUUGGAUACAGCGUUGAGUCUGGUUACUUCUUCAAAAAAGAUCAAUUACUCUUCGUCAGUGGAGCUCCCGGGUGGCACUAUGUUGGCACGGUAAUAAUAGUCAACCCGGAGUCGCGCGAGUUCGUUACAAAGCUAGAUGGAACUCAUAUUGGCGAAUUUUUUGGAGCCAGUUUGGCCGUAGGGGAUUUAAACAAUGACGGUUUAGAUGAUCUUCUAAUUGGAGCACCUCUUUGGGGAGAAGAUAACGGCAGAGUCUAUGUAUUUGUCGGUACAUCCAAAGGACAAUUUGAAAUGACUCAAAUAUUAUACGGGACCGCAGAAGGAGGUCAUUUUGGAUAUGCCAUAGCUAGCGGUGAUUUGGAUGCCGAUGGAUUCGAUGAUAUUAUUGUGGGAUCACCUUGGGAGAAUGACGGCGUGAUCUAUGUAUUUAACGGCGGUUCAGAUUAUCUGGAAGUGUCGGAGCGAAUCGAAGCUGCAAAAUUUUUACGGCGUCCUUCGCAGAAAAUACAGAGAUUUGGAUUUUCAAUAUCGAAACCGGUUGAUAUCGAUGCAAAUGGAUAUUUGGAUAUCGCAGUUGGAGCAUACAAAUCAGGACACGCUAUAAUACUACGUAGUAAACCAGUAACAAAAACACAACUUUUAAUUGAGACUGUACCUAAUACUUUACAAAGAGACGCUAGGCAAUUCUUAGUUAAAAUAUGCCCGCUAUACUUUGUACGUAAUGUACGUUAUAAUAGCGAGCAAGUGAAUCAUAAUUCAUUUCUAGCUAUAAAAUCUAAGGUUACAGUUACUAUAGACGAACGUUACCAGCGAACUCAACAAACAAUUUUGGAGUUGAAAUCUUCUAACUUGACGUCAAAUGUUUGCCUAUCUGCUCAAGUUAAUAUUUCGAGAAACAUACGAGAUUUUAUCGAGCCGAUUAGUAUUUUUGCGAAACAUGAUUUUUUAUAUGACAAUACGUCGAGUAAUUUUUGCAAAUACUGUCUUGUUGAAAAGCGAAACAAUAAAUUACAAACUGCUCAAGCUUUCCUUCCUUUCAACAUCGGUUGUGGAGAAGAUAAAGUUUGUAAUUCUAAUAUAUCCGCUACUGCAAAAUUUUAUAAUAUACAAUACAACGAUACGUGGGUUAUUGGUUCGAGCGAUAUAAGUUUAGAAAUCAGUUUGAAAAACUAUGGAGAACCCGCGUACCUUACCAUACUUGAGUUCACAUUACCUGAGAGAAUAAUGUUACGUAGCAUUUUACCCUUUUGUCAAGAAGAUAACUCGAAAGAAAAUUUGAUAGUAAUCUGUGAUACGGGAAACCCCAUUUGGAACGGAGAAGAGAGAAGUGUUAAAUUAAACUUGGAUAUGAGACACUUAAUUAAUGGAUCGCUGUAUGACCAUAAUAAAUUAUAUUUUUACGCAAUCAUAAAAACUCGUAGUAUAAAUCAUGGAACGACGAACAUAAGCAAAACUCUUAAUUUAGUAAACGAGGUUUCUCUAUCUCUGCAUGGGAAAGCAAACGAAGAAGCCUACUAUUUAACUACUUUAAACGAAAGUUCUUCAAAUAUUACUUUUCAACAUACUUAUCAAGUGUAUAAACUUGGAGCAUCGCCUAUAGAAGAUGCACAACUUGCUGUUAAAGUGCCAUUAGCUACUGAAGACUCAACAACUUUGAUAUACAUGUACAAACCUCAACUAUACAUAUCAGGGGAACUUUUUGAAUGUUCUUCCGAGAGUACUUUAGUGGAUAGUCAGUUAGGUGAAGUUCAAGAGGAAUCAUUCUUAGAUAAAUUUGAUAUACACAAAAGAAACGUAGAGGCUUCAGCCGUAUACCUAAGUGACGCGAAGAAUGUUCAAACUUCAGAAACGUUGAACAAAAAUUUGACAGAUAAUAUUAUUUAUAUAAAUUGUUCAACACCUGACAUAGCUUGUACGACCAUCGUAUGCAGUUUAAAUACGCUGAAAACGUUACAAGAUGUUGGAAAGUUGGUGAUUAAAUUUUUAUUAAAUGUCGAUAAAUUUAAAGCCAACUUUAGGAAUAAAAGAGCCGUUGUCAAAUUUACCACCGAGGUGAACGUAGAAAUCAUAAAACCAGAUGAAAGGCUAGAUAUCAAUGGAACCCGUUCCACAAUAGAAGUUAUGACAAUGUUCUAUUACACUCCAAAAAUGGAAAAGCUACAGCUAUGGAUUAUUAUCGUUUCUGUUUUGGUGGGGCUGUUAUUAUUAUGCAUUUGUGUCGCAAUUUUAAACAUGUUAGGUUUCUUUAAACGGAAAGGAAAACAGAACUUAACGAAACAAGAAAUUGAUGAAUGAUAGAAAGCGGGAUCUUGGCGGUGAUUGAACCUGAAAAUACGUGAUAUUUAGUGGACGGGAAGUACUUAAAAAAUAUCAAAUACUUCACAUUUAUUCUGUAAAAACCAAAUUUUAUUUAAUAAAUUUCUAAUUCUUA